GGAAACGAAGUGCGUGUGUGAGAAGGGAGAGAGGCGAUGGGCGGCGAGAUGUUUGUCAGCUGACUUGGUCGUACCUCUCACAGAAGUCACAACACCGUAUCGGUUUUCCCUGACAGGUACAUGUAGCAGCUUCUCCACCGAGGCUCUGGCGUGGGGGAACCGCGGCGGGUUAUGUUUCCCUGAGACGGGGGCGGGGAGGCGGAGAUCCGUGCACCACACUGCUCCACCAUGGCGGCCGAGAUCCAGCCUCGUCCGCAGGCUAGGAAGCCGUGCCUGCUGAGUAAAAUCGAGGCUUUCCAGGAGGUUGUGACCGCGGCGGCGAUCAUCCCUAAAGAAGACGGGGUGAUCAGCGUUUCUGAGGACCGAACAAUCCGAGUUUGGCUGAAGAGGGACAGCGGUCAGUACUGGCCAAGUGUUUACCACACCAUGCCAUCCUCAUGUUCCUGCAUGUCCUUUAACCCAGAAACCAGGAGGCUAUCUGUAGGUAUGGAUACAGGAAGUAUCUGUGAGUUUAUUCUGUCAGAGGACUACAAUAAAAUGACCCCGGCGCUCACAUACCAGGCCCAUCAGGGCAGAGUGGCGGUGGUGCUCUUUGUGUUGGAGAUGGAGUGGCUGCUAAGCACCGGCCAGGACAGGAACUUCACCUGGCACUGCUCGGAGAGCGGCCAGCAGCUGGGGACGUACCGCACCGCGGCCUGGGUCUCAGGUCUGCAGUUUGAUGUAGAAACCAGGCACGCCUUUGUAGGGGACCAGUCUGGUCAGGUGACCAUCCUGAAGCUGGAGCAGGACAGCUGCAGCCUGGUUACCACCUUCAAAGGACACACAGGUAAUGUGACGGCGCUGUGUUGGGACCCGGCUCAGCGGGUGCUGUUUUCUGGCAGCUCCGACCAUUCCAUCAUCAUGUGGGACAUCGGAGGGAGGAAAGGCACUGCCAUCGAACUGCAGGGACACAAUGACAAAGUCCAGGGCCUGUGCUAUGCCUCACACACCCGCCAGCUCAUCUCCUGCAGCUCUGAUGGCAGCAUCGUCAUCUGGAACAUGGACGUGACUCGGCAAGAGACUCCAGAGUGGCUGGACAGCGACUCCUGUCAGAAGUGUGAGCAGCCUUUCUUCUGGAACUUCAAACAGAUGUGGGACAGUAAGAAGAUCGGCCUGCGACAGCACCACUGCAGGAAGUGUGGCCAGGCCGUGUGCGGCAAAUGUUCGUCCAAGCGCUCCACCAUCCCCCUGAUGGGCUUCGAGUUUGAGGUGCGGGUGUGUGACAGCUGCCACGAGUCCAUCACCGACGAAGAUCGAGCUCCCACUGCCACCUUCCACGACAGCAAGCACAACAUUGUUUACAUGCACUACGAGCCCACCACGGGAAACCUGCUCACCUCCGGCACCGACAAGGUCGUCAAGAUAUGGGACAUGACUCCUGUGGUGUCGUGAGUUUCCGCGGACAACGAGGCAGCAUUUCGGCUAACUGUGGCCAUUCGCACUUCGAUGAGGAAGAGGGAACAGCAGCCGUGUUUAUUUAACCGCCAUUUAGCAAGAAAGCCUGGGUUGUUGCAUUCUCUGACAGCGACGACACGGCCGGCCGGAGAGAAUCCUGAGAACGGUGCAACGUCUUGCUCAACCCGAGGUCACAGUCUGGUUGGUCUUUGCUUGAUAUCUGGAGUUAUCAUGCUUGUACUCUGGGAUACUUUCUGGCAUUUUACCUUGUAAGAAAUUUAAACUCUUAUGUACUUUUCAUAAAUUUCUUUCCAUUUGAAGAUUGGAGGAGCUAAAAAGUCAUCAGACUCGUUUGUUGGAUACUAAAUCAUCAACAUCAAUAUGAUUUUGUUUAUUUUUAUUAUUAUCUAAACAAAAAAUACCUUCAGGAGGAAUUCAGGCCUGGAUUAUUAUGACACCCUCUAGAGGCUAAAUUUGUUUUGUUCCUGUUACAUCUAAUUUAUUUUUUUGACUAGUAAAAGUUUUCUCCUUAUCACAUAUUGUAUUCAUGAAGGUCAUAAACGGCUACCUGGAAAUUCAUAAUUAUAGUCUGGUCUAAAAGAUUUCUUUUAACUACUUUUCCCGUUAAAGGUAAUUGAUGAACAUUUCAUGUAACAUUUUUAGUGUUAUAUUUCAGACAGUUAACCUCCAACAACAUGUCUGAAACAUUAACCAAAGCAUAACUCAAAGUAGCUGUGAUAAACUACAGCAGCAUGUUUUUUUGUUUUUUUUUUACCCUACCAAACUCUGUGGAUGACGAAUGUUUUGGUGUCUUCUGAACAGUAAUUAACUGUGAGUCCAUAAAUAUCAGCCGAUGCAGGUUUGGAAGUGAUAAAGGAAGUAGCAUUAGGCCAGCUGGUCACUUUAAUUCAGCCUCUUUGAGUUAAUUUUGUGAAAUAAUCUGCGUGAACAUUUUCUUCCAGUCAUCCUAGUUCAGUGACCCUUAACUGCUGAACAGUUCAUUCAGUCGGGUCAAAGUCUGCACACAGUGCUAUUUAUGUUUACUUGGUGGCGGUUCUUUUGGAUCCUGUGCGCUCUUUAAAUCAUCUCUGUUUGGCGUAAUUAUUUUAGAGGUAGUAAAGAUUAAAUGCAGUCCCAAUUUAAUUUUGGAAUAAUUUGUUGGAAUUAUUUUCUUACAUGUUUCAUAACACACAGGGCGCCCGUUGAGAGGACACAACCUUUUCUUUCUCUUAUUUUUAAACGUUUGUGCCGUCCCCCUUGUCAUGCCACCCUGAGCAGAGAGCCAUCAGUUGACAUAGCGAUAGAUCUGAACUCCCUACAAAAUAAAUUGAAUUGCCUCAUCGUUCCUCAAGCAGGCAAUUUUUAAUGGAAGUAAAAUUAUGCUUUGUAUCACAAGCCAGAUGACAUCACUGCUAUUGUGGGAACCAUUAUUUAUUUUCUCUCAAGGCACUUAAUCAUAGUUUAGCUCUGCUUGAGUAAUUCUGUCAAAAGAAAUAAUAUCAUGGAAUAAGUCCAGCCAAACAUCUUAAAGAAAUUUGAUCAACUUUCCUCUGAUGUUAAGGUGCGGCUACCAGAAUAAUGGCUUGUUUGUGUUGCAUGAGUGCAGCAUCGUCCAUUUCAGACGCACAGAGGAAGCUUCACGGAAUCCGUCUGGUUCUGGAUUUAAAACCCGUUAAAGCUCCAGUCGGGACACUGAUGAGCCUCCUGAUGUGCGAUCGGACCGUGCUGUGGAACAUCGUCUAUGUCCUGUUUAGUGCUUGUCAGCAUUUUUCCCGAGGUUAUUUAUUCUAAAUGUUUGUUUCAUGUAUGAAACAUGUACAGAAGCACAUAUCAACACGGCUAGACGCUGUGGCAUUUCAGAGAUGUACCAGAGCGUAAAAAUGUUGCUACAAAACGGUUUAAAUUGUUGAGGUUUUUUUUGUUUUUUUUUUCUUCAGCUUUGUAUGUUGGCUUUAUUGUUGAUGCACUGGAAUCACGAGGCAGAAAAUCGUCGAUUUCUCCUAAAUUUUUGUUGCGUGCUUUUGUGACGCUCAGCUCUAAUCCCUCUGAGCUUCUUCCAAAGAUUAUUGAUUAUGGAUCUGAAAACAAGGUUGUACGAUCUGUUAGCGAUAACAAUAUGGAGCAGUCGUCUUCUCGUGUUUUUAGUUCACCUUCUCCUGUGAACUAAUACACACCUGCAAACUGAAUUAAACAAAGUGUGAUUGUUAACAAUGGAAACUGAUGUAAAACAUACAGUUAACGGAAUGGAUCUUCUAUUUCGCAAACUUAACCACACAGGAGAAACAGAGUCGGAUUAAAAUUUCUUGAUUUUUGCUGCUUUUAAACUUUAGAGCAGAUAAAGUUUAUUAAAGGCCAGUUCUUUGACUUUUUGUUGCAGGAAAGAGGGAAAAAAAAAUGGUUGAAUUUCAGAGUUUUUGUGAAUGUAACACUGUGUAUAGACGAUCAAUUAAAACGAAAAGUAUUUACCCUCAUC